AUGACUUCCCGUGGCAGAGAACCCCCAACAAUAGUUACAGCCGGCACCGAAAAGGAAGCCCGUCGUGUUCUCGAAUGGCAAGAAGACGUUGCUCGAAGCACAGCUGGUAGUUCGACUACACCUUCUUCCGACGAAGCAUAUCGAGCGGUGGCUCCAAGUCACGUUUCUCGAGCUCCAGCAAGAACGCAAAUCUCACAUGCUCCUCCACCUCAAUCUCAAUCUCAAGCUAUAGACCACCCACCGUUCCGAAGAGCAGAAACAUUUCCGAGGGUCAUGAGGAGGGAUACUUAUCAAGGGCAGAGUCAUGCUAGUACCCAAGUUAGUGUGAGGAGAGAUAUGAGUCGAGAUGAUGAACAAACGGUCUACGUAGACGAAGUAGAAAAACAAGAUCAAGAAAAGGAAAAGGAGAAAAAUGGUGGGAUCUUCGGAAUGACGAAUAAAGCUCUCGUGGGUACAUUUCUCGGAGCAGCUGCUGGCGCGGCUUUCGCAUACGCAAUGGUCAAGAGCGAAGACCCCGCAUACGAACUCGAACCGGAAUCAAAAACCAUGCCGGGUCUCAGAAGAAGUUAUACCACUGGUCAUGCAGAGACUGUGGCGAGUAGUCGAGGCGGCUCCUCCGUAGGAGGAACAGGAGCAGGAGCUGGUCCAGAACGCCGAUAUCGCGUCAUCGAAGCCCCCAUGCCACCUCCUGCCUCUAGCUACACCCGCAUCCAACGCGACCGCGAACGCGAACGAGAAGGUGUCCUCAGUCCCAUCGAAGAACGUAGUUACUACAGCUCUGUCGCGCCUUCACACACGGGCACAAAAAUCCGCACUAGAAGUGUGGCAGAGCAGGGAGAGGGCUCAAAUGCAGGUACGGCGAGACCUCCGACCGCUAUCAAUAUGCGGGAUAAACCGCAAAGCAUCGCGCCCUCGAGGUUAAGUGAGAAACAAAGUACCGUCAAGGCGGUAAGUCGCGCUCCGACGAUGGUUUCCCGAGCUCCGACUCAACAGGCCAAAACGCAGGUCAGUGUCCGGGAUUCCGAGUUUGAAUAUGGAGGUGCUCCGACGCAGGUUUCGGCGGCUCCGUCGAGAUAUGCACCGCGGGAUGCAGGUGCCGAUGCGAAAAGUCAAAUUUCGCAUUCGCAUACCACGAUUAAAUUCUCGCCGUCCAAGGUGGGAUCGAGAGCCCCAUCGCAUCUGGGGGUUGGUGAGAGGGAAAGAGAAAGAAUUCCUCGUUCGGAAGCGACGUGGGAACGUGAUGAUGUUAGUGUGUCGGCAGUUAGUGAGAGGAGUCGUGUGACUGGGGCGAGAGAUGUUCCGUUGCCGGCUAGUACGGUGGUUAGUGCUAGGUAUGGGGGUGGGUAUCGGGAACAGGGGGCGGGGUAUACGCAUGUUGGGGAUGGGGGGAGAGAUGGGGGGAGGGAGAGAGAGAGGGAAAGAGAGAGGGAGAGGGAGAGAGAUGCGGAUAGGAAUAGGAUGGAGAAGAUGGAUAAGAUGGAUCGGAAAAGUCAUAUUGGGAGGGGUGUGGAUGAAGAUGGGAAAAGCUAUUUUAAUCCUAGGGGUGCGAUGAGUGUGGCGCCUAGUGAUAGCGUUAGUAGUGUGGGGAGUAAGAGGGAGAGAAUUGAAAGGUUGAGGGGGAGAAUGGAGAGGGAUUUGAGGGUUUGA